GUUCAUGAUGACAUCGCUAUUGAGCGUGUGCAUGACGGAGCACGGGCAAAGCAAUGGUCUUGACACUUCACUAAGAAAUACUGGCAAGAUGCUCCGGGCAUUCCAUCCGGCAGUAGCAGACGAGGUGGACCUGCUCCAAAGGAGCCUCUCCCUGGCGUUGGGGAGCCUGCCCUCAGUGGGUCUGAGUGAGGCCCAGCUGACCUGCUGACAACAGGCUAGCUGAGCACUGUAGCAAAGAAAUCCACGGACCGAUAUAAUGAAAUGGGUUGGAUGUUAUAGUUCAAUGUCCAACCUGUAUUAUAUAUUAUAAUUAACAUGUGGUUAUUCUGCAUGCGUAGUGGGAACCCUUCAUGACAGAUGCUAGGCCUAUAUGGUUACCCAAUGCCAUUGACAAUGUGGUAUUGACUUGUUUUUUAUUAUCAAGUCAAAAAAUAAAAGCUGAUUUUAUAUUUCUCUUUCUCUCAUUGAAAAAAAAUCCAGAAAAUGCUAAACAUUAAAAAGUAAAACAUCAACCAAGGCUUCAGAUGCAUGCAUGUAAACAAGUUCUAGACAUGUCACGCAAGAGAGACGGCUCCACGGUUGAAGGGCGAGGCUUGUUGGCUCUUGAGAUCAGCUCUGAUCCGCGGAGCGCCGAGCUGCGUCGCGUACUGCACUGGUUCUGGGCUCCAUGUUCAAGUUUCCACUCUUAGAUAAGGAGCUCUCAGCACCUCCUCUUGCCUCCACGCCACAGGUCACUCCAGGACGAGUCCUGCCAGGUAGCGAAGACCUCCACCCGGUUAGUCCUCCAGGUAGCGUGGAUCUCCUCCCGGUCGGUCCUCUGAGGAAGCGGGGAUCUCCUCCCGGUUGGUCCUCCAGGUACCGUGGACCUCCUCCCGGUCGGUCCUGCCGGUAGCGUGGACCUCCACAGGGCCGGUCGGUUCUCUCGGUAGCGGAGACCUCCACACGGCCGACGACCAGGACGGAUUCACGGGCGGCGCGACCGCAGAUCCUCUCUGGCCACCAGCUGGUUCUGCAUAUGCGGUGCCUCUCCCUGCGAGCUCUGCGGCUCCACAACCCUGUCAGACUUCACCACUUCCUCUGGCAGCGAUCCAGAUGUCUGUGGCCGCUCUGAGGAUGAAGGUUUUGCCUUGAAGCCCAGCAGCAUGUCAGAGCCAGGAGACAAAAGUUCCCCCUGCUGGACCGAUGAGGCCAUUCAGAACGGGUACGUCCCGAGUUACCUCGACAAAGACGAGCUGUGCGUCGUGUGCGGGGACAAAGCCACCGGCUACCACUACCGCUGCAUCACCUGUGAGGGCUGCAAGGGGUUCUUCCGGCGGACCAUCCAGAAGAACCUGAGCCCCUCGUACGCCUGUAAGUUUGAGGCCAAGUGUGUCAUCGACAAGGUCACGCGCAACGUGUGCCAGGAAUGUCGCUUCAAGAAGUGCAUCGUGGUCGGCAUGGCAACAGAUCUGGUGCUGGACGACAGCAAGCGUCUGGCCAAGAGGAAGCUGAUCGAGGAGAACCGCCAGCGAAGGCGUAAGGAGGGGGUCCUGAAGCCGGCAGGGGAGCGGCCGGAGCCCACCCAGGAGGAGUGGGAGCUGAUCCGCAUGGUGAUGGAGGCCCACGUGGCCACCAACGCCCAGGGGAACCACUGGAAGCAGAAGCGCAAGUUCCUGAGUGGAGUGGGGGUGAAGGAAGAUAAGCCUGAAGACAUCGGCCCAGUGCCCAUGGUCAGCGCCCCCGAGGGAAGCAAGGUGGACAUAGAGGCCUUCAGUCAGUUUACAAAGAUCAUCACCCCGGCCAUCACCCGCGUGGUGGACUUUGCCAAAAAACUGCCCAUGUUCUGUGAGCUGCCCUGCGAGGACCAGAUCAUCCUGCUGAAGGGCUGCUGCAUGGAGAUCAUGUCGCUGCGCGCCGCGGUGCGCUACGACCCCGAGAGCGAGACGCUGACGCUGAACGGGGAGAUGGCGGUGACGCGGGGCCAGCUGAAGAACGGCGGGCUGGGCGUGGUGUCGGACGCCAUCUUCGACCUGGGCGUGUCGCUGUCUUCCUUCAACCUGGACGACUCGGAGGUGGCCCUGCUGCAGGCCGUGGUGCUGCUGUCCUCCGACCGGCCGGGGCUGAGCAGCGUGGAGCGCAUCGAGCGUUGCCAGGAGGUGUUCCUGCUGGCCUUUGAACAUUACAUCAACUACCGCAAGCACAAGCUGGCCCACUUCUGGCCCAAGCUGUUGAUGAAGGUGACGGACCUGCGCAUGAUCGGGGCGUGCCACGCCAGCCGCUUCCUGCACAUGAAGGUGGAGUGCCCCAACGAGCUCUUCCCCCCGCUCUUCCUGGAGGUGUUCGAGGACUGAGCCUUCAGACCGCCACCACCACCGUAGACGUCUUCUGGGUCCACCGCCCGGACCACAGCCCUGAACACUGCCGGAACACCGCUCACACCGUGAACCGGCUCCUCCUCUUCCUCCUCCUCCUGCUGCUGCUGCUGCUGCUGUGUGUGUCUGUUGUAAAGACUGCGUGUGUGUGUGUGUGUGUUAGAGAAUGAGUGGUAGCUUUCAGAGCUGAACUCCGGAGCUUGUCCAGAGCCUUCCAGCCGUGUAGCACACAGCAGGAGGUCGUCCAGUCGGCGGCGUUCUCCCACUGGGAGUGCUGUGUGGGGUUCAGGCGAGGGGCGGGCCUGGGUGGGCGUGCAGGAGGCAGGACCUGACACAAAAAGUACACCACGCAAACCGCAGGGAUUGGUCCACAGCACAUCCAAGAUGGCGGACCGGAUCGCCGACUAAUCGGUGAUGAUGACGUCGAUGUUUUUGCUUCGAUAUCCAGACUACAUGUAUUAUGACUUGGUUUGGCGCCGGUAGCGUGGUAGCAAGGUCAUCGACGCUUGCUGUGAAUUCUUCUUCUUCUUUGGAUUUAGCGCCACCUACUGUACCGGAGAGGUGAGACCGGGUCAAGUCCUGGAAAUCCCCCCUGUACCGGAGAGGUGAGACCGGGUCUAGUCCUGGGAAUCCCCCCUGUACCGGAGAGGUGAGACCGGGUCUAGUCCUGGGAAUCCCCCCUGUACCGGAGAGGUGAGACCGGGUCUAGUCCUGGGAAUCCCUCCUGUACCGGAGAGGUGAGACCGGGUCUAGUCCUGGGAAUCCCCCCUGUACCGGAGAGGUGAGACCGGGUCCAGUCCUGGGAAUCCUCACAGUGCUCCGGUCACAUGUGGGCUCAAUGGGACGUAACAAGGACAUUGGAACACGAAGCAGGCAGGGAAAGUCAGUUUAACGGCCAGUCAAACGGUCAGUCCUCACAGCUCCACCGGGUAAGGCCUGGAUAGUUCAGGGCCGCAGUGCAUGUGUGAAAAGGGCUCCGUGAGUGGGAGUGGUGGUGGUGGUGUGUGUGUGUGUGUGUGUGUGUGUGUGUGUGUGUGUGUGUGUGUGUGUGUGUGUGUGUGUGUGUGUGUGUGUGUGUGUGUGUGUGUGUGUGUGUGUGUGUGUGUGUGUGUGUGUGUGUGUGUGUACGUGACUCAGUGCUGCGGUGCACGGGCGCAGUCAGCAGGGGAUGAAGGCGGCGGGGGUCCGGAGGCCCUGGGAGGCCGGGGACGUUCCUAGCACUACUGACCGUCGUUUCAUUCCGUAGCGUAGGAGUAGCGCUCAGCCGAGUACUGGACGGAACCAUUCCUUUACGAUGCGGGUACUGAAUAUAUAAUAUCAUUUUUUUUAUUUGUAUUUCUGUUGUCGGUGUUCACCUUAACGGCUGGUAUGGCUUCUUCUUUUUUUUUUUUUACAAUAUCUUUGCGUCUGUUUUUGUGGAUGACUUAUGAUUUGGACUAUCGGCAGAUAAACUGGCUGCUGGAUGAGAGACACAGUCUCUCUCUCCCUCAACAGACUUUGCCUUCUCAGUGAAGUGGAUUAGUUCUCGGGUAGUGGUUAGCCAUGCAGUCUCUGUAUGAGGGAGGGGGCAUUCUGGACCCCGAGUCGCACAGCCCUGCGGAGCCACCCGCUCCUCUUUGAGAGUUCUCCGACCAAAGCCCACAAGACUUACAGACAUCAGGAAAUCACAACCUGGAGUAGCCAUGCCACGCACACUGUGCCAAAAUACACAACCAAGUGAGUCGGAGGGGUCAAGGAGUGUGUUGGAGGGUUCAGCGACGGCUGCAUGGCGGCUGGCUCCACUGACCCCAGCUCCCAUGCACGGCUCAAACAACUCAUCUUUUAACAAAACAACUCCACAGUAAACGUUGUCUUUUUCAGCUGGACAAGUUACCUCUUAAUACCAUACAUACAAAAAUUAAUAGAAAUGAAUGAGAUAAAAAGAUGCUAUGCAAAAGGUUCAGUGUGUGUGUGUAUAUAUGUCUAUAUAUAUAUAUAUAUAUAUAUAUAGAUAUUUAUAGAUAUAUAUACCCACUGAACAUUGGGAUUAGUUCCACCCUCCCACAGUAGGGCGCUUGUUUAUGAACGGUAACACUAUGAGGUUUAGUCUGUGGACGUGAGGAAACCAUUUUGAAUCAUUGAGUUUCUAGGGCCCUGUGUCCCCCUAAGGACCCUGACGUAAUGCCAAGAAACAGGGGUGCAAGGUGUGCCUGGCUGCUGGUGAAGGGCUCCUCCUCACCGAGGGGCCGGCAGGUGGGCUUCAGAGAGAACCGGCCCCUCUCCCGGCAGGUACAGGCAGAGCCGGCGCUGGCCGUUUCGGCGCCCUAGGCGACUCGACAUCCACUUGCGCCCUGGACAGGUCUUCCGAGCGGGGGGGGGGCCCUGGGUAUAGGCUCCACAAGCAUGGAAUUGUUGGACAAAAAAAAAAGCUGGAUAAUUUAGUCAUUAUAAUUUGUAUAUUUUGCUUUUGCAAUAGCCUCUCUGUCAUGGUUGUUUGCCAUGGGGGGAGGAGGUUUCUAACGCUUUGUAAAUGACGCUGGCCCUCGCCACACUCUACUCCUCAAAAGCAAACCUUUUGCGUUCUAUCUUUGUCCUCGAUUACUCUUCACCUAGCAAUAGACUAAGUUUCAGUGUUUUUAGAUACCUCUCACACAUCCACAAAACACCUCACCAAACUAAAAUACGCAAAAAGUCAGAAAUGCACAGACAAUCAUUGGAGAGACAGAAAGAGAGAGAGAGAGAGGAGAGAGACGGAGAGAGGAGUGCAGGCAGGGCACACUGGAGCCAACCGGCCCAGAGUGGGGCUGUUGAGGCUGGGGGAGCGCAGCCAGAGCUGAUCCAAUAGGGGAUCACGUAGUUUGGAACCUUCUUUGCUCUGGACAUAGUGGACUCUAGGAAACCCCAGCUAGGCCAUCUCUCCUUUCAUGUUUACUCCGUUACAAAACAAUAACAAAAGGUUACAUAGUAGGACAAGAAACUAAAAUAAAUGAAUAAAGAAGAAAAUAAAAUGCUAUUUUACAAGUACAAAGGAAAAGGAUGUAUAUUUUCGGACAGCAUUGUUUUGUACAGGUGUCGUUGGAGCAUAACAUGGACAUUGUUUUAUGUUUUGCAUAGCAUCCGAGUUGCUGUGCAAAGCAUAAUGUAAACAAGGAUAAGACUUUGUUGGACAUUCACUUCUACAAUACACAACUACCUGAGAGACCGCACUUGGACUUCAGUCUGACAGUCAGAUAAGUGUUAAAGGAAGAUAAUGAAACAAGAACGUAAAGCCAACCGUCAUCUCAUUACCAGCAUCAGGAAACCAAGAAAAGGAAACAAGCUAACAAUCUAAGGUCAAAUGAGCGUCAAACACACAAUAUCAAAAAAACUAAGACAUUUUGAACGUUUGUUGUGGAUGAGCUGAUUGUUCAUGGAGAGAAAGGGAGUAUUAUAAAGGUGUGUGUGUGGGGAAGCCCGGGGGGUACGGAGCAGUUGCACUUAAAGACCAUUUGAUGCUCACGGUUAAUGAUGUUUUCACUUCCUGUGAAUUGGCCCUUGAGAGAAUAAAGAUUGUUUUAAGGACGUGGUGAUGAUGUUUGUCUCCUCUGUAGUUUCUCUUGGCUAUAUAAGGCCCCGUUCACACGAAGCCGAUUUCAUGGCGAAACCGCAAAGGUCUUGUACGGUUCGGCCUUCCGUCCAAACGAAGCCGGCGAAUCCGCUGACCGAAACCGCAAACUUCUGAUUCAAAUCUACCCGGUUUCGUUUUGGAUUCGUGUGUACGCCUGAAACCGACUGAAACCGCAAACCAUGACGUCAUCGCCCCAGCCCUCGACCUCCUAGCCAAUGGCUCUUAAAGGCACCCAGUGCAACUUUAUGUAAACAUUCAAUGAAAAAUAAACAUUCAAUUUCUAGUCUUUUUUACACGUAGUAAGUUUCAAUAACUCCAUACCAUUACAUAUCGACAUUCAAGGAGCAAAGAUGAGACGUCGUUGUGUGUUGAGAACUGAUAGAAAAUCGUAAACAACAAUCGCCGGUGGGGAGAAGCCAUUUUUCCAUUGACUGGAAGCCUGCUUUAUUUAUUGUAGGUUACAAAAGAUAAAGAAAAUGGCGGCAUUGUUGUUAUCGAUUUUGUAUCAGUUCUCACCACACAACCGACGUCUCAUCUUUGCUGCUUAAAUGUCGGUAUGUAAUGGUAUGGAGUUAUUGAAACUUACUACGUGUAAAAAAGACUAGAAAUUGAAUGUUUAUUUUUAAGCCUCGAAAGUUGCACUGGGUGCCUUUAAGCCCGCGGAGUCUCAGAAAUCACAUGCGAGCAUGCGCAUAAGCGAAGCCUUUAUGCGCAUGCUCGCCUCUUCUUCUUAUUUCAUUUCUUCUGGACCAGAAGCAGCGCCCCUUAUGGGCCUGGAAUGUGUACUACAGCGUUUCUACAGAUCUACCCGGUUUCGGUUGGCUUCGUCUUUACGGAGAUACUUCGAAACCGGAUAGAUCGAAACCGUAACGGUUUCGCCCGUUUUGGCUUCGUGUGAACGGGGCCUAAGUCUAAAUUUUCAGAUUGUGGUGAUGUUUCUGUAUACCUUUUGAGUAGGCUUCACAUUGGCCUGCUCUUAAGAAGCUCCCUCGAAUAAGGUCAAGGUUCACCAGUUAGGGAAUAUUAAGCUUGUACCCCUGUACUUAAGUAAGCUACUCUACGGGUCUCUGUGUGUGCGCAUUGUCUAUUUAACCACAGUAUGUGUGUCUGUUGGCUUUCUAAAUCUAUAUCUAGCAAUGUUGUGCCCUUUUUUAAAGGAUAUAUGUUUA